AUGGCCAGGUAUAAAGCGGUGGAGAUCGAGCAGUGGCGGGCCAGCACACCCCUGUCCAAGCUGGCAGAGCAGGCAAAGCGCGCGAAGCCUGCCCGCGACUUCAUCGGCGCUCUCAAGGCCCAGUCCGAGGCCCGGGGGGGCUGUCCUGGGCUCAUCGCGGAGGUGAAGAAGGCUUCACCUUCUCGUGGUCUACUCUGCCCCGACUUUGACCCUGUCAAGAUCGCGCAAGGAUACGAGGCGGGCGGUGCCGCUUGCCUCUCGGUGCUGACGGAUGCCAAGUUCUUCCAGGGCGGGUUUGAGAACCUGGCUGCCAUCCGGAGGGCUGGCGUGACCUGCCCGCUCCUGUGCAAGGAGUUCAUUGUAGAGGCGUACCAGAUCUUCAAGGCUCGGGCCUAUGGGGCGGACGCAGUCCUGCUCAUCGCCGCCGUCCUUUCCAAUCCCGACCUGGAGUACCUGACCAAGGCCACCCGAUCCCUGGGGAUGCAGUGCCUGAUCGAGGUGCGUGUGGAUGCGGGGUCCCAGGUGCAUGAUGUGCCAGAGAUGCAGCGCAUGCUGGACCUGGACCUGACCGGCUGCAUGCUGGGCAUCAACAACCGCGACCUGCGGACCUUCAAGGUCUCCCUGCAGAACAGUGCGGACAUCAUGGCCAGCGUCCCAGGCCAGGAGGUCCAGCGCCGGGGCCUCCUGGUGGCCGGCGAGUCCGGCAUCUUCACGCACGAGGACGUGCAGGAGGCGCGGCGAGCCGGCUGCGGCGCCGUGCUCGUGGGCGAGUCGCUCGUGCGGCAGGGCGACGUCGCCCAGGCGGUGCGCACCCUGCUGGGGGAGUGA